CAGCAGAAUACAGAAGAGAAACAUUUACUGAUGAUUUAGGACUACAAACCAGAGUAUCACACAAUAGCACUGGUAUACUGAAAACCUUAUAAUGUCUUCCAACAUUUAUGAUGAUCCAGAUUUGACUAUGAAUAUUAAAUAUAGCAGAGGAGAGGACAGAAGGGAGAGGCUGGAGAGAGUGGUCGACAUCUACGAGACUCUGGACAUGUGCACAGACCAGCAGGUGGAUCUCUCAACACACAAUAGAGAACCACAUGCUCAGAAACAUCUCCUACCAGUUCAAAGAAACUGGCUCAGAGCUCUCGCCCUAAUUCUGGGUCUACUGUGUCUCCUCUUGGGAGCGGUGCUUGCAGUGCUUUGCAUAUUCUAUAUGACAAGUGUUUGGAAAGAGGAGCAACUCCACAUAAAGAAUAAGAAUCUGACAUCUAAACUUGAAAGGAUAAAUUGCCAGCUAGGAAAAGCAAACCAAACACAGGGGAACACCACAGAAUGGAAAAGAUUCAAGUGCACUUGUUACUACAUUUCUACUGAGAAGAAAAACUGGACAGAGAGCAGGAAAGACUGCAAGAAGAGCGGAGCGGAUCUGGUCAUGCUAAAAACCAAAACGAAGCAUGAUUUUUUCAAAGAGCUGAAUGUGGAGUUCUGGAUCGGUCUGGAGAGCAAGAACAAGACAAAGGGCUGGUCAGUCCAAAAGGAAUGGAAAUGGAUGGAUGGAUCAUCACUAAUAUUUGGUGCCUGGAAGACAGGUGUGAAUUCAGAUCCUGAGAGGGGUUUCAAAGCAUACAUGGAUGCAGAAGGAACAUGGAUGCACACCAACAGUGGAUCCAAACACUGGAUCUGUGAGAGGGACAUCUCUUGAGUUUCCUGGUGACCUCUCAGUCUAACAUGCGGAACAUGUAACUGCACUGUAUCAGAUUUGAAUCUUAUCAAUGACAUUUAUGUGCAAACUGAAUUGCAUCACUCACACAGGACAAAUAUAUAAACUGAUAUUAUGACCUUGUUUUUGCUUGUAGUCAAAAGGAAAGCAAAACGUAUUCUCAUGAAAUCAUUGCCUGA